UUUGUAUUUUUAAAGACUUAAUAGAUUUCAGUCUUAUUAAAAGAUUGAAGUCUUUAAGGUUUAUAAAUACCCAUAAUGCUGUGCGACUAUAGGGUGCAGUGGGAUUUAGCCUUCACUUCAUCUUUACCUAGGGAGUUAUGCAGCGGUGCUUUAGUGCUUUAGUCUGUAUUCUGCUUAAAAAGAUCAGUUCUCAAAGCUUUAACUUUCAAACCAAUAACAUCGUCAACACCAACAAGGGUGUCACGACUGCACCGGUUACACCUAGAUAUUUUUCCUGAUAUAUUUUCUGCUCUUCCUGAUCUCACAGGGCUCUGUUUACAAGAUGGGACAGUCUGGAUCAGAGAGUGUACAACAUCUCUGAUGUAUCUCCAGAUAUGAUGGAGAUUAUUAUCCACUACAUGUACACGCAGCACAUUCAAGUCACCGUGGAUGAAAUUGAGACUCUCUUGGCCACGGCCAUUUACCUGGUCGUCGACGAUCUCAUAAGCAGCUGCUGUGAAUUGCUACAGGAGCAUCUCAGCCCAGAUAACUGCUUAAGGGUCUGGCAGUUUGCUGAUGCUCACUCGUGCUGUGAGCUGCGAGAUCAGGCCUACAUGUACGCGGUGCAUCACUUUGAGGAUGUCGUUUUCUCACCGUCUGGAUCCCUCCUGGACCUGACCGUGGAGAAGCUCAGUGACAUCCUGGAGAACGACGAGCUGAACAUCAAGGAGGAGAAAAUAGCAUUCCAAGCUAUAUACCUGUGGAUCAGGUAUGAUCCCAGCGUCCGAAUGCAGCACCUCGUGAACCUGUUGCCGAAGGUGCGGCUGGCUCUGGUGGCUCCGGAAUACUUCCUGGAAAAUAUAAAGAAAAACGAGUAUGUGAGCAGUUUGCCAGAGUGUCAGCCCAUCAUCGCCCGGGCCAUGAAGGCCAUGCACUUCUCCAACAUGGCUGAGCCCUACAACAGAUUCUCGGAUCUGUUUACCCGUCCACGGCUUCCGUAUUCCACCUUGUUUGCCAUCGGCGGCUUUAAUGGUGAAUCUGCUAUGAGCACCAUGGAAACCUACGACUCGAAGCUGGACAGCUGGAAGUGCAUCUCCAGCACAGAACAGCUAGCUCAAGCGUAUCACGGCACAGUGUUCCUGGAUGGUUUGGUGUACAUCAUUGGUGGCCUUGACAGCAUGGGGUGCUUCAACACCACGUGCACGUUCAAUCCUCUGGAGGGAACAUGGAGUGAGGCGGCGCCCAUGCACUCAUUUCGCGGCUAUGUUAGCGUGGCCGUGCUGGACGGAUGCAUCUAUGCCAUGGGAGGCUUCGACGGCACCGAGGUGCUUAACACAGCCGAAUGUUAUGAACCAAGCUCCAACCAGUGGAGCGUCAUCCCAUCCAUGCACGAGCAGCGAAGUGAUGCCAGCGCUGCCUCCUUAAAUGGCAAGAUCUACAUCUGUGGAGGCUUCAAUGGAGACGAGUGUCUUAUCACGGCUGAGUGUUAUGACCCUGAUCAUGAACAGUGGACGCUGAUCGAGCCGAUGCACAUGCGUCGGUGUGGUUUAGGCGUUGCUGUGCUGAACAACAGACUGUUUGCGGUUGGAGGUUCUGAUGGAGACAGUCGUAUGCAGAGCAUCGAGGCCUUUGACCCUCAAACCAACUCCUGGAGGAUUCUUUCCCCCAUGUUUACCCAACGCAGCAACUUUGGCAUUGAGGUGAUGGAUGGUCGCUUAUAUGUGAUUGGUGGUUACAGCAGUGAAGGCACCACCUCUACAUGCGAGUACUAUGAUGUGUAUAAAGACGAAUGGUUUGAAGUCCAGAACAUGAACAUUUCCCGCAGUGCAAUCAGCUGCUGUGUGGUUUCUGGACUUCCAAACAUCACUGACUACAUCACUGAUCGUGAUGGUCUUCUGUAG